AUGGGAUUACACGUUUUUUGGCCAGCGAGCGCUUGCUUAACUCUUUUUGUCGUUGGUGUCAUAAUGGUAUUAUUAAAGCAUGGACCGAAAUUUUGCAAAACGCGAAAUGUCGCCUUUCCUUCCGACGAGGAAUGGGAGGAAAAGACAUAUUCGCGAAAAAUUUCCGUUUCAAUGGCUUGAAAAUUGAAUUUAAAAUUUUUUUUUUUUUAUAUUUUUCUAUAUAGAAAUUUUUUGACUUUUGAAACAUUUUAUUUCUCUUAAUAUUUUUUCAAUGAUUUGAAAAUUUCAUCUAUACAAUUUAAAUAUAUUUUUAAUUUAUUUCUAAAUUUCGAAAUAAAAAUAAAUUUUUAAACUUUAAAUAUAAUAAUCGAAAAGAAAUGUUUCCAAAAGUUAAAAAAUCUAAAUUUUUUGUUGGCAGCUUGUCUCACAAAUAUUAUAUUUUGAAAAAAAAAAUGCAUGUCACGCUUUUGAAAUUAUUGCAAUUUACAUUUGUAAAAAUGUAACUAUUAGAAUAAUAAGAUUUAUUUUAGUGAUAGAAGCUUCCGUAAAUGAUAUUAAAAUCGUUUACUGUAGUUUAUAAACACAAUCCGUCCAUUUCAUAGACUAUGUAUGUUUCUAAAAAAUAUUUUUAUGACAUUUUUGAAAAAAAAACAAAUGUUAAAUAAUUUUUUAUAUACAAAUUUUCGUAAACAUUGAUUGUAAAUCAAUUUUUAUCAACGAAAGUGAAUCUCAUCGUUUUUUUAGUAAAACUUUUAUCGCUUUUUUAUAAAAGAAUUUUUUAAUCUAACAAUUUAUACCAGAAGUUCAAAGAAUAAAUAUAAGUCAAAUAUUUUGUAAUAUGUGUGAAUAUAAAUUGUAAUAAAUUUACAUUCAUCUUAAAGUGCAUAUUUAUUAUUUAUUAGAAAAAAAAACAAACAAAUAAAUAAAAUUUUGGAAAUAUUUAAAUCGAAACUAUUUCAAUUUAAAUAUUUUUUUUCAAUUUAAUAAUUCUAUAAAGAGUAAUUUUUUUCAAAAUUGUGUAUAAGAAAGUAUAUAUUGAAAACACCGGAUUUUUGUGUUACAAGUAGAUUACAAUUUUUUUUUUCUUCAUAUAAUUUUCUAGAAUGACAAUGUUAGUAUUUGCAUUGCAAAAAAUUUUUUCAACCGACUUUUUUUUCAAAUAUAAUUUUCACUUGAUUACACAAUAUCGAAAUGUAUAUAUAUAUAUAUGGGAGUCUAGUUUUCGCUAUUAUAAAAAUUUCGAAAAGUAACAAUUCUUUGUCGCAGUGUUGUUUCCUCUUUUUUGUAUUUUUAAUUUAUUGCUUUAACAGCAAAAACUGGUGAAAAGAAAAAAAAAACUUAAUGAGUAAAAAUGCACAACUUAAGAGCGCGACUAUCAGCUAACGAGCUUAAACUAUCAACGUUAGUAAUUAUUAAUAUAUAAUUACAAAAAUCUCUUAGCGAAAAUUUUUGUUACUCGAUAUUUUUUUCACAUUUGUUAAAUGUAUCAAGUUCAUUCCAUUAAAUCCUUUUAAUAUAUUUUUUUCUUUUUAACUAAUUAAAUAAUAUAAUUAUAUUAUUAUAAUUAUUCGAGUUUAUUUCAAUUAGUUAAUAUUUAUUUUUUUCCAAUUGAAAUUAUCGUUCUUGUGUUUGUUAAAAUUUAUUUUCUUUAAUUAAUUAUUAAAUAUGAUAUUUUUCGCUAAGAAUAAGAGUCAAAAAUCUAUGAGUAGCAUUACUACUGUCGAAAAUUCGACGAGAACAAUGUUUUCUUUUUUUUUUUAUUUGUAAUCGAGCACGUAAGCAUUCUUUCUAUAAAUGCUAUGUUACAAAUGCAUUUUUUAACAUUUAAAAAUCCUUUGUUUAAAAAAAAAACCUCUUUGAGAUAAAUCUCUAUAUCUCUCUCUCUCGCUAUAUUUCCAAAGAAAAUCAAAUGAUCAAACGUCUUUGGAAAUUAAUUUUUUUAAGGAUCUUCAGUUCAUUUAUGAUAUGUACUCUCAAACGAAAUAAAUUUGUUAGACUUGUUGCAGAAUAAUUUUUUAAAAAAUACAUUUUUUUUUUGUUAAAAUUAUAUUUUACUUUGCAAUUUGAUUAUUAAAUUAAUUAAAACAUUUUUUUGGAAAAUAUUUUUAAUUUCUUAUAACGUUAUUUUAAAUAUAUUAUAAACAUUUCUUUUUUUUGAAGUUUGAGACACACGUUGUCAAAUGGAUCAAAGAUCCACAUUAUUAUAUAUAAAGAGAAUUUUCUGAGGUCUUUCGAUGUUAGAACUACACAGAGAAGUGAUUAAUUAGGAAACAUCUAACCGGAAGAGUUCUAUGUAAAACAUAGCUUUUUUUUAUUCUAGUAAUAGUUUUUUUUUCUUUUUAUUUUUUAAUGAUGAUAUGGUAUAAUAAUUUUAAAAUUUUAUUUAUAUUUUC